AUACACGUUAAAACGUGACAUGUACCUAGUACCUUAUUUAUUUAUUUAUUUUUAAUUUUAAUUUUGUCAAAAAAAAUAAAUUAGCGUUUGCGUAAAGAAACAUACAUUUCUGGAAAGUUAACAAUUCGGUGGUUGAAGCUUGAAAGCACGACGAGUUGCAAUUUACAAAAUCGAUUCCUGGGAAAAAUCACUUAUUUGAAAUUAAUCGAUUAUCUUAUUAUACUGUUUUUAUUUUAUUACCAUUACCACCAUUAUGUUUUUUCUUCUCGCGAUUGAACGUGUAAAUUGAGAACACAAAGAGAAAAACAACAGUAUCAGUGUUAUUGUGUGGAUUGUUAAAUCAUCAAAACGACAUCGUUUUACAAUGGAAGCUCAACUACUAUUGAAGAAUCUCUGAACGAUUUCUGCAUUCAAACGAAUCUGAUUCGUUUCUCUUACAAUGGCGUCUUGGCUCAAAGUCGCUGAAGAUUUAUUUGAAGUUGUUGAUCGAAGAGCGAAGCUGGUUGCCAGCGACGUAGCAGAAGAACAGUCUGAUUCUAAGUCUCCAGCUUCAAAUGGGCAAGGAUCUCAAGGCAAGAGGAAGAAAUCAAAACCUAAGAAGGGACCGUCCGACCCAUCUACUAUAAUUAGUGAUGAUGCUACUAAGGAGAAAAGUGGAUCUCCAGCAGCAACAUUGGAUGUAAGUGUAACAACACCAAGCGACAAAGUUGAUCCUGUAGCCAAAAAUGACGGGAGCGAUUUGAUUUCUACUAAUCAACCAAAGGAUCUGCAACCUACAGAUCCAACAUCUCCCAUAUUAGGAACUUCGUUGUCAAAAGAGCUGGCUAGUGAUACUGGUAAACAUGACACAGGUGAUGUGGAAGUGUUAGUACAUGAUGCUGACGUUGAUGUUACCACUACUAGUUCUGCAAAUAAUGAGCCUGUCAAAGAGAAUGCUUCAGAUACUCAUGAAGUGGAUCCUUCUCCUUCUCCCAAAGGAAUUAAAGACCACAACCAUGAAUCCACGAGUACCGAACCGAUUACAAAAUCUGGAGAUUUAGACUCCAAUCCAAAUACGGAUCAAGAAAAAACUGAACCUGUGGCUGAUGAUGUAGCUCCUAAUAGUGAUACUAUACUUAAAGGUUCUGAUACAAAAGCUGAACCUAUUGUGAAUCAAAAGAGCCAAGGGGAUCAUAAAACUGACAUCUCCCCCAAAAAAGUACAGGAUCAACUUGAAGAGGCUCAAGGAUUGCUCAAAACAACAAAAUCUACUGGUCAGUCUAAAGAGGCAAGGUUAGCUCGGGUUUGUGCUGGACUGUCAUCUCGUCUUCAAGAAUACAAAUCUGAAAAUGCACAGUUAGAGGAACUUCUUACUGCAGAGAGAGAGCUGAGUAAAUCAUAUGAGGCUAGCAUAAAGCAGCUACAAAAGGAUUUGUCUGAAAGUAAAAAGGAAGUUACAAGAGUUGAGUCAAAUAUGGCUGAGGCCUUGGCAGCAAAAAAUGCUGAAAUUGAGUCUGUUCUAAGUUCUGUGGAAGCAAUUAAGAGGCAGGCUGCAUUGUCAGAAGGAAAUCUAGCUUCCCUGCAGGCAAACAUGGAAUCUAUGAUGAGAAAUCGGGAACUAUCGGAGACAAGGAUGAUGCAGGCCCUAAGAGAGGAACUAGCAUCUGUUGAGCGAAGAGCGGAAGAGGAGCGUGCUGCACAUAAUGCUACCAAAUUGGCUGCUAUGGGAAGAGAAGUGGAAUUGGAGCAUAGAGCAGUUGAGUCAUCUACAGCCCUUGCGAGGAUACAGAGAAUAGCAGAUGAAAGGACAGCAAAGGCCACAGACCUUGAGCAGAAAGUGGCACUUCUCGAGGUUGAAUGCUCAUCUUUAAAUCAAGAACUGCAAGAUAUGGAAGUCCGUUUGCGCCGGGAACAAAAAAAAUCACCAGAAGAGGCAAAUCAAGUAAUUCAGAUUCAGGCAUGGCAGGAAGAAGUGGAGCGUGCUCGUCAGGGUCAGAGGGAAGCGGAAAACAAAUUAUCUUCCUUGGAGGCUGAACUACAAAAAUUGAGAGUUGAAAUGGCUGCAAUGAAGAGGGAUGCUGAGCAUUAUUCGCGUCAGGAGCAUACAGAAUUAGAGAAACGCUAUCGGGAACUGACUGAUCUUUUGUACUACAAACAAACACAAUUAGAAACCAUGGUCAGUGAAAAAGCUGCUACAGAGUUUCAAUUGGAGAAAGAAAUUAAGCAUCUUAAGGAGGCACAGGCAGAGACUGAAAGAAGUAGAGUUUCUCGUCGAGCAUCAUCAGCUUGGGAAGAUGAGAGUGAAAUAAAAGCCCUGGAGCCUCUUCCUUUGCAUCACCGACACUUGGCUGGUGCAAGUAUUCAGUUGCAGAAAGCAAUUAAAUUACUUGAUUCAGGGGCAGUCAGAGCCACAAGAUUUCUCUGGCGUUAUCCAACAGCUCGAGUUUUUCUAUUUUUCUAUUUGGUCUUUGUACAUCUCUUCUUGAUGUAUCUCUUGCAUCGCCUUCAGGUACAAGCAGACAGUAUGUCUGAUAGAGAAGUUGCAGCAUCUAUGGGACUUUCUAACCAGAGUUUACCAUGAGUUAUCUAAUUAUUCCAUUUAGGACUUUUCUGACUACAUAUUUUAAAGUGUACAUUUUCAAAGCACUGGUUUGGGUGGCUUGAUAACCGUUCAACAAAUACUCAAGUAUGCAAACCAAAGGUAGAACUGACAAGCAUUCCAGAUUGGAGUUGUGAAAUUUCAAAUUCUUUGAACUUAAUGAUGGUUAAAUGGAUCAAAGCAUCUCUUUCUCGGUUAGACAUUCCCUCGAAUCGGAUUGUUUUAAUAUGUUUGUUCUGUCCUUUUUUUUCUUAUGCUGAAAAUUGUAUUUUGGGGUGGAGGUAACAAUGUUGUAGAUACAAAUUUAUUAUAUAAUUUUUUGUUAUUUACCACACUUGAAAGAAGGAACUGUUGCACUUACUAGAUAAAUUGUUUAGCUUGGGAAUCUGAAUGUUGGUCCUUAUAAGAUAUAAAUGGAAAUAUCAAAACAUGGCAAAUGUAAUAUAUUUCUAUUGUGUUCUA